AUGCCGAUACCACAAGAAGCAAUCAAUAGCGUUCUUGAACAUGUCAUACCUUACAUUGAGCAACACAUCCAAAGUCAGAAAUCAUCUUCCUCCAGGAGACCCUUUGUUUUGGCCCUCACCGGUCUCCAGGGCAGUGGAAAAUCCACAUGGACCGACGCUCUUGUCAAAGCGUUGAAAUCCAGAAACCAUACAACAAUCAAUCUUUCACUUGACGAUUUAUACCUGGACCAUGCUGAGCUCGUCCAACUACGCACAUCAAACCCAACCAACAAGCUUGUCCAAGCACGCGGUCAGCCAGGAACACACGAUAUGGCUCUCGCGCGCUCAUUCUUUGAGAGUUUGAACAGCGGCCGCGAGAUUCUGAUUCCAGCCUUCGACAAAAGCAAGUUCAAUGGAGAAGGCGGGAAAGCACCAGUCGAAACCUGGGAGCGUAUUCCAUCAGACACCACAUUGGACGUCGUUGUCUUUGAGGGAUGGUGUGUUGGGUUCCGGCCAUUGGAGGAGCUGGAUCUUCAGAAGAGGUGGGAGGAUGGAGUACAGAAUGUGUCCACUGGAGUUUAUCCUACUGAGACAUUGAAGGACCAUGCGCUCGAGCACUUGCUGGAGGCGAAUACAAACCUUCGUGGCUAUUGUGAUCUUUUCAUGGGGCCACAGCAUCUGGACUUCCUUGUUCACUUAGACACGAACGAUUUGGUCAACGUGUAUCAAUGGAGAAUGCAACAGGAACACGCUCUUCGACAGCGGACAAAUGAGAGCAUGACGGAUGAAGAGGUGAUUCAGUUUGUGAAGGGCUAUAUGCCAGCGUAUGAGCUAUAUCUGGAUCAGUUGAGGCGUGGGUUCUUUGAUAAAUCGCUUGGUGGAGAAAAGGGCCAGUUGCGGGUUGUCUUGGAUGAAAAUAGAAAGGUAGUGGAUACUGUCUUGUAUCCUUGA